UGGAUUUUCCUCGUUGAUGGCCCUGGAAAUGCCACAAAAGGCCUGAAGGCUGAGUGGCUUACCGUAAAAGGAGACAAACUCUAUGUCGGAGGCCUGGGCAAGGAGUGGACAACCACUGAUGGUGUGUAUGUGAAUGAUAAUCCUAUGUGGAUAAAGGUCGUAUCACGCAAUGGAAAGGUAAAUCCGCUGUUUUUUUUUCUGUUUCAUGGACUCAUCUCAGCACCAAAGUUCUUUAAUAUUCGUGCUGCGCAAUGA